AACCUCAUCUAGCUUCAGCAUCUCAUCCUCGAUCUCUCUCUUCCUCCUCCCAUCUACACCACUGUUUCAAUAACAUCUGAGAACCCAUUUGAAAACAACAAGCUUAAUCCUAUUUUACGCUUUCAAUCGCUCCAAGUCCAGCCACCAAAUCCAACACUCAAAAUGUCUCUCCGCAUCGCCCCUCCAGCGUCUCACCCCUCCCAAACCUCCAACACCUCAACCCGCCAACAGGUCCCCCUCUCCCUCCCUCACCCAUCAAAAGGCGCCCCCUCCGCCCCCGGUCUCCCCGAUACCCUCCGCAACAACCUCACCCUGCCCGCCCCCGUUGGCCCUCCCUCAUCUCAAUCCGGGACCCCCGUUUCCACACACCCGCUUGAGGCCAGGCUGCUCGCGUGGCGCCAAACCCAGGACGCUCUGAAGAUGGAAACCCUGCGUCGGACUUAUGGCAUUGCAGAGCCUGUGCGCCGCGGAAUGGAGUUGAAGAUUGUACGGGAUGGAACCUUCCGACCUGCGGUUUUGGGAGGUGCCAAGGGUGGAAAUGUUCAUGAGGAUAUAUUGGUUUUGGGUGGGAGGGACGCAGAAGUUGGGUGGGAGGAUGUUUUCCAAGGAGACGAGUUCAGGGAACCGCCUGCUUUCCACGACGAAAUGGAGAAACGGUUGCGUAUGGAUUUCUAAGACGGUGCGGAUUGUUAGCCGGGAUGUUAUCUUUCUUAAUUUGUUCCCUUGUUUCCCUUGAAUUGUCCCUGGGGACCUUGAUGAUUUAUCAGUUCUACAUGAUACGGAUUCGAACUAGGCUGUCUUUUUUUUUUUGUU